GACAGUGUGCCGCCGUGUAUCCAGGAGCUAAGAUGCUAAAUAGCCAGCUCCUUUUUGAAAAACUCGCCGACUUAGAGGACGAGGAUCCCGCGGACUAUUGUCACAUGGGCCUCAAAGGAGGCACCAAAUCUAACAUUUUUAACUUCUAGAUAGUGCGUGUUUUUGCGAUAUAUGUUCUAUCUGUUUGUACAGAAAUAAGAAAAUUCAAAUUGUAUAAUUUCGUUUUGGUAAAAUUUUUUUCGGAGUUUUUUCGACGCCAUUCGAGCGCAGACUUCGGGUCAAACGGGUACUGUAUAUAGUGUAUUUAGGGACCAAACUAUAUUUAAUGUGCAUAUAACUAAUAGGUACUAGUUGCUUAGGAUAUUCACAAAGUGCAAGAACUAAAAUGUCGCUAGAAACUCCAACUUCAACAGCAAAAUUACCAUUGUGUUUUGAAGAUCUAUUUUACCAGUGCGAUGUCAGUGACGUGAAUGGCAAUAUAUCCAACCACACUUUAUCAGUUCCUCAUUAUCCAAGUGGCUACACUAUAACUCAAAUCGCAGUGGCAUCCAUUGUUGUUACCGUUCUCAUGAUAGUGAUUGUUGUGGGUAACAUGUUGGUUAUAAUAGCGAUAAGUACUGAAAAAGCUCUAAAAAACAUUCAAAACUGGUUUAUAGCUUCUUUGGCUGUGUCGGACUUUUUUCUCGGAUUAAUAAUUAUGCCGUUUUCGUUAGCCAAUGAGUUGAUGGGAUACUGGGUGUUUGGAUUGUGGUGGUGUGAAAUUCACUCGGCAAUGGACGUACUGCUCAGUACCGCAUCCAUAAUGAAUCUUUGUUUGAUUUCUCUAGAUCGGUACUGGAGCAUAACGCAAGCCGUUGAAUAUUUGAAAAAACGAACUCCAGUGAGGGCUAUAGUGAUGAUUGCAGCUGUCUGGGUAUUGUCUGCCUUAAUAUGCAUUCCACCAUUACUUGGCUGGAAAGUAGCAAGACCAAAAGAUGAACAGUAUCCUAAAUGCCAGCUUAGCGAAGAACCGGGAUAUGUAGUAUACUCGGCGUUGGGAUCUUUCUACAUUCCAUCUUGUAUCAUGGUAUUUGUGUACAUACGAAUUUACUACGCAGCAAAAGCUAGGGCCCGCAGGGGGAUUCGUAAGCCACCUCGAAAACAACCUCAGGAUGCCGUCACCAGCUUUUCUAACAGCCCUGGGGGCGCUAGAAACGGUACGACUGAAAGAAGCGAAGGGUCUGCAGGUGGUUCCAUAGUUGAUAGAAACAGCAAUAACUCGCCGCAUAAUGCUGAGAGCCAAAUUGCCACUAUUGAAGCCCAUCCUAGACCUAUGACCAUUCCAACUGUCACGUGUGAUUUAGCGUCAGAUAUUUCCACUAGCGACAAUGCAGAAAAUACACAGGAUGGCCAAGACCAAAAAGAUACUUUGAAAGUUUUCAGCCCAGGUCCUUGCCAAUUAGUUCGCAAUCCUCUAGCGCAGUGUCAAUUUAGCGGCUCCACGUUGUCGGUCAACGGUGAACUUCAGCAACAAGCCGCAGCUUUCACUCGUAACAGACAACCAUCAAUGGGCAUCGAAACCGACAUGGUUAGCGAAUUCGAUCCAAGUAGUUCUGAUUCGGGUGUGGUUGCUCAAUGUGCCGCUAUUAAACCACUCAAGCUGAGACUUUGUAAACCGAUAUUUGGUCGUAAUAAACAUCAUACGUCACGUAGCAGAAACGAAGAAAAACCUCCCAAAUCACCCACAAGUGAACAAGCUUUAGUGGAAUACGUAGUACCGCGUGUUAACAAACCUAAAGAUCCCGAACGGGAAAAAAGACGAUUAGCGCGGCAGAAAGAAAAAAGGGCAACUCUAAUUUUGGGGUUGAUUAUGGGUUCCUUCAUAGCUUGUUGGCUACCGUUCUUUUUUAUGUACAUAUUGAGGCUAGCUUAUCCUUUCCCGCAGAUUGCUUUCUCUACUGCCUUUUGGCUAGGUUACAUGAAUUCGGCACUGAAUCCAGUCAUAUAUACAAUUUUCAAUAAGGAUUUCCGAAGAGCAUUCAGGAGGAUAUUAUUUAAGUGAUGUAUGUCCUAUGUGUGCUGCUAUAAGUGCGUUGGUAAUAAAAUCCGUACCGCGCAAUUUCGCAGCGCACCUAGCGCCUUAUAUCGACAUUGAACCUAUUUGACAAUCCUUGUCUCCUACUCACAACUAGCUUUAAUUCAGUUUAGUUUUUAACUUACAUCGUUAUUAGUAGAAAAUAUUUCAGUAACAUUACAUGACACAAUUGAAGUUAUUGGGUGUUGUAUUUCCCGUUUACCUGAAUUAUUUGAAAGACAAUAUUCACUAUUAAAGUAAUAAAUAUUCCUCGCUUUUAUGUUGAGGGCAAGAAAGUGUCAUAUUUUUUUCCAUACAAUCGCAUUUCUGGUACCGCAAAUAUGUUUGAAAAAUCUGAAAAUUACCCAUACCACACGUUCUUAAAGUUACCGUGACUGUACCAGAUUCCAUCUUAAUAUGUAUCUUUCAACUAGACCCUAAAAAUGUCUUUCCAUAAUCCCGAUUUUUCCGAUUUAUCAUUAUCAGCUAUCGCCUCAAGAGACAGUGAGGAAUUCGUAUUUAAAGGCAGUACUUGGAAAUCUAUUAUACCCAAGAUCCAAAGAGCAUUCUCAGCUAAUCAAGUAUCUAAAUGCAUUUUGAAAUAUCAAUGGAAAUCGAAAGCCAUAAUAUAUGAAUAUUAAUAAAUCUCCCAUGACUACAUCGAUUUUAGACGGGAUAAGCCACAAAUACGACUUGGUGUUUAUUUCUUUUUAUUACAACUUAUACAAUUCCUCAAAUUUAUGGUUAACAAUUAAAUUAACUGCACUUUCGUAGCAGCCAGAAAAAUGCUUCUUCAUAAGUUGAACUAAUUAUAUUAUUAUUAAUGCCAAUUUAAAUAGAAGCUUUUGUUCCAUCAACAUUUAAUGUUAAAUUAUUCUCUAAACCCCUUUAAAAUUUAUAUAUAAAGUAAAUAUUUUAUUCCAAACGAACGACACAAUGAGAUGGGAGGAUUGUAUAUGCAGAUAAAAUUAAAAUGAAUUCGAAGAUGAAAUAUUUUCUGCUGAUAGUAUUUGACAAAAUAUUACUCGCAAGCACCUUAAAAUUGGGACGUACUGUAAGUAAAAAUAAAUAAUGUAUAAAUGGCGAAUAAUUUAUUAAUAUAUUCCAUCACCUGUGAGUUUCUAAAUUUUUGUUUAUAAUUCUUAUGUUAGCUCAAAAUUGGUUGAAACUAUGAAAGUUGAAUAAAUAAGUAAAGUAGAAUGACGAUAAAAAUUGAAAUCCCAAAUCUAUUUACAAUCAAGAACUGUAAUUGUGAUUGUGAUAAAUACAAAAAAACAAA